AUGGGAAACCAAUCAGAAAUUAAGGAAAGUCUAAGUAGUGAUAUUCGCCCAAAACUUGAGCAAAUUCUACGCCGUUCAACUCGUAAACGUUCAGCUCCAAAAGUUGAACAAGAGGAUGAAAUGGAGGAUAUUGUUGUUGAUGAAGUACCUGAAAUGAAUCAACAAGAAGAAACUGAUCAAGAAGAGAAGGACUUUGAAUUUACUACAGGAUGUACAACUAGAGGAUUUGUUUGUAUUUGGUAUAAAGGUUUUCGAUACAAUAAAUCUGAACUUCGAAAUUACCAACAUUAUGAUACUUAUUGGCGCUGUAGUAACAGAAGAUGUUCAGCUAAAGCAUAUACCUUCGAACAAGAUGGGAAAAUAAUUGGAUGUGUAAGGCAUAAGCAUAAUCAUUUGCCACAACCGGAACAAAGAUUGGUUGAAAUUAAACGACAAGAAUUAAAACAACGAGCGAGAGAAGAUCCUUCUUUGAGUUGUUCGAAGCUUAUUGCAAGUAUUCGAGCUGGCUGUGAUGAUGAAACAUUUGUGGCUUUGGGAUCAGAAAAUUCUCUUGCACACAUGGCUCAAAGAGAAAAGUCAAAACUUUAUGGAAAAGUUAAUACAAAGAAAGGUUCAGAUAUUUUGGCGAUAAAAUUGCCACCUGCGUUAACCGAAAAGAACGGACAAUCAAUAUUUUUGUAUGAUUCGAGAACUGCUCGUGCUCGUGAUAAAGAUGCAGUUUUUGUGUUUGCACAUCCAUAUAUGCUUCAACAACUUGCUGGUCAAACUACUUGGACAAUUGGUGCAUCCUUUAAAUUGGCCCCAGCUCCCUUUAAACAUUGUUUUGUUAUUGGAGUACUUGUUAGGAACCAAUUAAUUGUUGCUGCACAUGCACUUUUGACUGAGAAUUCCGAACAAUUUUAUAUUGAAGCUUUGAAUGCUGUUUCUGCUGCUGUUAGGCCGACAAAACCUCGUAGAAUUAUUGCUGACCUUGAAAAUUCAGUGGUUGUAGCAGCUCAAAAUGUUUUUCCACAAGUCCAUAUAAGUGGUUGUUUUUUCCGUUUCUCUCAAGAAUUGUUUUGUAAAUGGACUGAAUAUAAUCUUGGAGAUAUUUAUGGAAAUGAAGAUAGCCAAGCUGGUAAUAUUGCGAGGAUGACAUUUCGACGGCUGAUCUGUCUUGCAUUUAUUCCAAUGGGAUUUGUUAACCAAGCUUUCUAUAAAAUUGUUGAUGCAGCUAAACUUUCACAACUGGCCGAAUUUUUUUUCUAUUUCAAACAGACUUUUAUUGGACUGACAGACCAGGAAUUUAGAAUGAAGUCAGCAGCUUUUGGAUCGAAUUUUGUACUUUAUUCGGGACCAGAAGAAGAACACGUUUAUGAAGAAGCAAAUGUUGCAUAUCAAAAUUAUUCUCACAAUCAACAUUUACGUUUUGAGCUGCCACCACAUUCUUCCUCAACAAUUAUUGUAGCGAAUCAAUCGGCUGCAUUUUUGCAACCUUUGCGUCAUCAUCCUUUUUGUCCUUUAGAAUUUUGGAAUAUUAGCGAAAGAGUGUCAACUGCUAUACUCAAUGCAAAUUCUGCUUUGGAAAUGGCACAAUUACAAAUGAAGCAAACUUCAAAAGUGGUGCCUUUGCUGCCUGAUUAUAUACUUGGACUUUGGGAUGAUUUUGAGAAGCAGAGAGACUACAUUCGUGAAGUAACCAUCUCUAACACUGGCAAAAAAAGAAAUCAUCCUCGAAAGCAUGCUAUAAAAGAAGAAUCGAUUGUAAAUACAUUGAACGAAGCUUCUUACGAGACAGACCAAGCAAUUUUGAAUACUUUGGAUAUUUUGUCUCAUCAUAUUCAAGGUUAUGUUAAUGGUUUAUAUGUUGAUGUUAAUGAAGAUGGAAAAUCUGGUGACGAUUCUAUGGAAUAUAACGAAGGUUUGAACAAGAGUAGAGGUGGUGGUGGACGUAAGAAACCAAAACCAAGUACUUCUUCUGGUCUUUGCUAA